AUGUAUAAUAAAUGCACUGAUUCAUCGAUUCCUGUAACAAUAUCUUUAUCGAAUCAAAGAUUCCCUCUAACAAUAUUUUAUGGUUUUAAUGUGAAUGCAAUGCAUCAUAAAUAUUAUCAGAACUCAUUUCUUACAAGUUAUCAAGUUGAAUUACCGAUUCCAAAUCAAAUAGGAAGUUACAAAGUAAUAUCUUAUGUAACAAAUCAAUAUGGAACCUCAAGUUCAAAAGAAUCAAUAACUUUUUCUGUAACUAAGACUUUACCUUCAGUUCAUUUUGCUCAAAUUCCAAAACCUCAAUAUACGAACAAAGUUGAUUCUCAAAUCGAAAUUCAUGGAAAUUUACAAGGAUGUAAUUCAUAUACGGAUGAUAAAAUUAGAGCUACAUUCAUUGAUCAAAAUUAUGAAGCAACAAUGUAUACUAAUUCAUUUAGCAUUUUCAUCCCUUUAUCAAAUUCUGUUAAAGAAGGAGAAUAUAGAAUCUUUGUAUCUGUUUAUGAUACAACACAGAGUUCUCAAGUUCAAACUUUCGUUUUCAAAUAUCUAUAUAAUGAUCCAGAGAUCACAUUAGUAUCAUUAACACAAGAACAAUAUAUCAGAUAUUUUGACAAAAAUAUUAUCAUUGAUUUUAAGAUCAAAGAUAAAGAUGGUGAAGGAACAAUAUCAUUCCAAGAAUUUAUAAAUAAUCAAAAUCAUAAAAAAGUUAAUUCAUUUAAAAUUCCAGAUACUGCAGAACAUAUAUACACAAUCAGAGUUUCAGUUGAUGAUUUUUUCAUUGAAGGUCAAAACAAAAUUAGCUUUUCUGUUUCUUCUGGGAUAAGUUAUACAAAAUCAUUUGAUAUCAAUGUUCAGAUUGUCUAUCCAAAUCCAAUCAUUCAACUGAAUGAAUUCAGAAAUAAUAAAACUAAUCGAAUAUUGAACAGAACAAUCUCAAUCUCUGGAAGUAUCAUGAGUGCACAUAAAAACAAAGAUGUUUAUCUUUCAUUUUUUAUCAAUGAUCUUGAAAUUAAAAGAAGUAUUUUAAUGAUUUCUGAUGGCUGGACUUCAAUUCCUUUCUCAGAUAUGAUUGAUACUAGUUUCCUUAAAUAUCAAGGUAAUUAUUAUCUUAAAGCUAAGGUAUGUGAUGCAUAUGGCAAAUGUAAUGAAUCCAAUAGUGUACCAUUUAAUUUUCUUGAUUACCCUGCAUCAUAUUUCCCAGAUGUAUACACAACACUGAAAUCUAAUGUUUACUCUAGAAGAAAAUGA